AUCGGAGUGAAACGGGUGGGCCGCGAUGGUGAUGAUGCCAGAAUGAUGCUGCAAGUUCUGUACGCGGUGGUGCUGUGGGCGUUGGGCUAUCUGGCUCUGGUAUGGCUGCUUCCGAAGGUGAUCGGGUACGUGCUGAAGACGCUGUACAACAUCGAGAUCAACGUCGGGCGCUUCAGUUUGCCGUUCUCGCUGCGCGAUGUGAACGUUUGCAAGAGCGGAUUUUCGGUGCAAAUCGACGAGAUCGGGCUGCAGAGUAGCUUCGUCAACUCGGACGUGUCGAAGCUGCUGUCGAUCAAUGUGCGCGAUGUGCGCAUCAACAAGGACAUCAACAAAGUGCCACCCACCGGUGGCCCGGGAGGUGGCGGUAGUUCCUCUCCUCGCAGUUUCAACAAUGAUGCACGCCACGGUGGCACGGCCACGCCUCGAGGUCGAGACGCCGAGACGAGGAACGGGCCAGAGAGCGAGCGGCAGAUAUUGGACUUCCGAGAGAAGCGAGUGUCCCCGCGCGUCCUAAAGUUCGCCCAGUUUAUGGCCGUACACAUCAGCAACGUGUCGGUGGCGCUGCUGAACAGUGCCCAGGAGCCGGGUUGGCUACUGCAUGCGACGGCCAAAGAGCUGCACCUGGACGGUAGCCUUGUGCACAGCACCAAAUCGCUGCUUGUCUCGGCGUCGCUGUGUGAUGCGCAGGCGAAAAUCUUGCGCCACUGUUUGUCCACACCGAAGCGGCUGGAACGGUCGCGCAAGAUUUCGCGCGACCUACCGCAGCCCUGUCUCGGUGAGCUGAGCUUCGGCAUAGCGCUCGACGGGGUGCUCGUGGUCGAUGGGCCAAUGUCGCUGGAGAAACUGGCGUUGUCCAUGACCACCACCAAGGUGAUCGUACACGGUGGUCUGUACGAGUUCAUCAAGGACGCGCAGGCGCACAAGCAGCGCCAGCGAUCGGGCAGCGUCGGGCGGCAAGCGCCGGAACGGAGCAACCCACCCGUAGCCACCGGGACCGGUGGGCUGUCGUUUACCGAAAUUUACCAACGGUUGGCCCCGAUCGUGCCGAAAAAUUUCUGCGCCAAAAUCGAAAACACCACCAUCAGUGCGGUGCGCGAGAACUCGUCGAACGAUUUCUCGGCCACGCUCCAAACGUUCGCCAUUUCGAGCAAGUUCUCGAGCGCCCAGCGUGGCCCGCUGCCGGACGAGGAACCGCAGCUGCCGCUGGUGUACGUCGGGAUGCAACUGCAGCAGCUGGAGAUCGAUACGCGCCACGAGAAGCUGCUGAACCUGCAGCAGUUCAACAUCGACUCGAAGCUCGAGGGCAACCUGGUGAACGUGUACUCGAAGCUGUCCUCGUUCGUGCUGAUCUACAACCACCGGGAGAUCUACGGGUGGAUUAGUAAAAACUUCUUCUCCGGCGACCCCGGGUCCGGGCCCGGCGUCUGCCCGGGGCUCAACCCGAAGAGCCUGAUCGCGGGCCACCGCGAAUCGCGAUCGCGGCGCGCCAGUUUACUGGGCAAACACUCGGCGGCCACCGGUACUGGUGGACCGACGGGCACGGACACGGGCCCCGGAAUGCUCGAGCAGUUCCUGAAGCGGAUCAUCGUGAAGGGAUGCGCCGAGCUGUGGGACGUGACGACGAUGUUCAAGUUUGCCCCGUCCCAGGUAUCGUCGAUCUGCUGUAACCAUGCGAAACUGUUGCUCGAUCAGUUUGCCGAGCGGCGCAGCAAGGUGUACCAGAGUCGCGCCCUUAACUUGCUGCUCGAUCGUCGCCACUGGAGUGCCGAGCUGCUGAUCGAGUCCUUCUGGUGGUCGCUCAGCUCGAACAUGUCGCACAAGGAGAGCGCCCAGAGCCUGAAGAAGAGCCACAUCCGGGGCAGCCCCUUCUACAUCGCCAUGAGCCUCUGCAAGCUGAGCAGUUACGGGGACACGACAAAGCUGGACUUUUCCGUGCACACGUUCCGGCUCGAGUACAGUCCGGCGUUGGCCGACUAUUUGGUGCACGCCAAGCGCUGUCUCGAGCAGUACCGGCGGCCAGCGACGGCGGAAGCCAAACCGGGCGCGGUAACGGUCGGACGGGGCACCAGUUCCACCGGCUUCCCGCUGGCCGAUCUACUGAUCAGUGCGCGCGUGACGGACAUUUCCGGGUUCUUUUUCAAUCAGUACGAAACGUGCAUGUUGGCCAACCUGAACGAGCUGACGGUGGGCAAAGCGGCCAGCAAAAACUUUGUCCGCCUCGACAGCUUCCAGAUGGAGAUACUGGACUUCCGGCACAUCUCCGGCUGCGACUACGGAUCGGCCGAGCUACAGAAUGUGUUCGCGAACGUGAAGGGUGUCCGCGUGGAACACGUCGACGCCGGGGGUGGGGUGCCGAAGGUGGACGUGCGGUUGCUCGAGGAUGCCGUGGUCAUGUGGAACGCCAACCUCCAUAUGCACGUGGUCACGCUGCUGCAGGAAAUGCAGCGCCUGCGGGUGGAUCUAAAGACGAAACCGAUGCCUGAGCCUCCGCUCGAAUUGCCACCACCGGAAGCGGACCCGAACGGUGGCAGCGCACGCGGAUCGCUACUCCGCUCGAUCAUGCUCGAUCUGUAUGCGGAGGGAAGCGUCGAGUUUGGGAUCAAGAUCAGCGACCGACACUCGAUGCAGGUGUUUGGGGAGAAUGCGUACGUCAACCGGAAGGGCCAGUGGUUGCUGUCGAUCGAGAACAUCGUCGUCAAGAUUGACGAUCAGCACAUUUUCACGUUCAAGGAUGUGGACGUGCAGACGCUCGAUCGGGCGGAGAUACUGUGCCAGGAGCGCCAGAAUUACGAGCACUUCCAGCUCGACUCGAACCGCGUCUGGGCCACGACGGUCGGUGGCGUGAAGGUGAUCUUUCCGUACGAGCACGACUUUUACGGUGCGAUCGUGAACGAGUUUGUGUCGAUCUAUAAGUGGCUGAAGGUGGUGCACAACUACAAGAAGAAACCGUUCACCGUCGAUUCGCCGCUGCCCAGUGACAUGAUCAUUCAGAUUAAAGAGUUUUUGCUGGAAAUGAGCGACGAUCCGUUCGAGGUGAAGCUGCGCGAAAACUACGUCCUGCUGCUGGACGAGUACCACGAGAGUGUCAAGCGGAAGGAACUGUUCGAUCAGAAGAUCGAGCAGCUCUGCUCGGAACGGUUGAUUCUGCCGCCCGGCACCCUGGAGGAGCUGAACGCGAACUUGAUCAAGAAGAACUCGGAGAUCUACAUUCAGCGCUCGAAAAAGAUCUCCGAAGCUGGGCCACCGCGGACGCGGCUGAUCGCGUGGAUCAUGACCGAUCUGGAGAUUAUGGCGAUGGCCGAUCCGUCACUGAACGGUGCGACGAACGCGGUGCGCAUGCUUCGGGCGCUCGAUCCGGACAGUCCGUGGCCGGACGAGGGCAUCGAGUUCGUGACGCUCUGGGUCCGUGCGGUCAACAUUGGGUGCACCGAGUGGAAGUUUAUGCUUCGCGACUAUCCGCAGCCAAUGUUUCACGUGAAAAUGAUGCACCUCUUUGGGACACUGGCCGGUGCCGAGAUGGCUCCACCGAGGCGCGCCAAGCGGGAUGUGGAGAUCGAGGUCGGUGAACCGUUCGGGACGCACACGGUGCAGCGGAGCAUGACGUCGAUCAAGUUCUAUCACGAUUUCAACUGGGAGCUCGACUAUCUGGCGUACGCGUUCGGGCCCUGCUGGGAGCCGGUGAUGGCGCAGUGCAAUCUGAUGAUGGAGAAGAUUUCGGCCCCAUCACGCGACCCGAGCCCUCCGCUGCCGUUCUGGGACAAGAUGCGCCUGUUGAUGCACGGUCAGCUGUCGAUCAUUGCGAAGCAGUUCACGAUCCUGCUGCACGCGUCGCUCGAUCCGUACAACACGACCGAGGAGAUGGAACUGACGUUCAACAACUGCGGCAUCCUGUACUCGAACGCGCGGCUGAUGUUCAAGGGUGAUCUUAACAUUUACGUCCGGACCGCGUCCCGGUACGACGAUUGCCGGUUGCUACAUCUGCCGAGUCUGAAGCUAACGUUCAAGCUGAACUGGGUGUGUUUGGCGAACCCGAACGAUCACCAUGCGGUGGUGCCGUGCGCCCCGGACAAGCUGCCCGAGUAUAGCAGCAACCAGGUGCACGAUUCGUUCCGGGCGUUCCGCUCGCAGCACCUCAACAUUUGGAUCUCGUUCGAGAUCCGGCAGCCGGCGUCCGAGAUCGACAUUCCGAACCUGGUGCUGUACGGGAGCACUCUGCGUUGGUUCGAGAGCCUCAAGUUGAUACUGUCCGGCGUCACGCGGCCGACUCGCCGUGGCCCGGUGUUUAACAAUGUGCGACCGCGCAAGAAGCAACUGAGUCGCCACUACCGGAAGGCGAACCUGCAGAUGAGUCUGCACCGGUCGCAGAUCUUCUACUGGAUGUCGCACGCCCUGAAUCGGGGCUUUCAGCUGAGUGGCGGUCGGAUCACGUUCAGCUCGGAACACACGCUGGGACUGCAGCCGAUCGACGACGGGUUAAUUCAUCGGCCCCGUGCCGACUGGUCGGUGAUGUACAUGAACUGUGAGCUGAACGAUGCGGAGAUUUGGCUACGCACCGCGCAGGCCACGAACGGGCCGGACCAGCAGCGUACGGAUUCGGGGAGCUCGGAAAACAUAUCGAACGCCAGCGGGGACAUCUACCGGUACUACUUUCUGAGCGUGGAGAAGGUUUCGUACGGCCGCGAGGCGCUCCUGUCGACGAACGGGAACGAGCGCGAGAAGGACACUCCGACGCACAAGCUGGUCGUGUACGAUCUGAAGGGUGCCUGGACGAAGGACAACCGGGACGUGGCGUUCGCGCUGUUCGAUUCGCUCGUCAAGAGCCAGAAGCUGAAGAACAACCUUUCGACCGAGGCCCUCAAGUGCAUCGUGCACCGGAAGGAGACCACCGGUACCGGUGGCGCUGGAGGUGGUAGUGGCAGUGGUACCGGCGGUGCCGGUGGCACGGCCGGCGGCGGGACACCACUGAAGGCACAUCCGGGUGCCGGGGGCGCAGGAACGGGGACCGGGGCCGUUGCGGGGCGAUCCGGUGCGGUGGUGGGCAAGGCGCAACAGUCGAGCGACAGUCUGGCGAUGCUUCAGCAACUGAUCCAGGAAGCGGAUCACAAGCCGCUGGUGUACAGUGACGAUCAGUCGGCCCAGACGCGCCAGCAGCAGCUGAAGGGGCUGCAGGCGUACCAGGAGGGUGACGUGCUGCACUACAACUGGGCCAUCUCGCUGGUCAACUCGCAGGUGCUGCUGAAGGGCUGCGAAACGUCCGGCUACGUGAUACUGAGUGCGGCAAAGGCGGAAAUUUUGCAGCGCGUCCACCGGCCAGUGUGGCGCGAUCAUACGAUCGUGUCGAAGACGACGUGGGUCGGGUCGCUGGAGUGUAUGCAGUACUACGCCACGGUCAGUGCGAACGAUGGGGGGAAUGCGCACGAGAUGGCCGAGAUCAUGUGGCUGACGGUGGACAACAUUCAGGAGAAGGAUCGCGAGGCGACGGUGAUCAGUGCGCUGCCCGAUCUGCCGACCCUGGUUGGGAGUGGUCAGAGUGUCGGCGGUGUGGUCUCGGAGACGGUCGGAGUGCUGGGGGAGAGUAGCUACGCGAGGGGCCAGAAACCACCGAUCCAGCUGCAGCGCAUCGUGUCGCGGUGUAAGUGUGAGUUCUUCUACGUGAGCUACGGUGAGACGAGUAUCGAUCCGGGCACGAUCGGGGAGGUGCCGCCGCCACCGGUCGAGGAAACGCUCGGUCCGUGGGAGAACCAGGACGAGCCGGUCGAUGCGUUCACGCUGAUGCACCACGAUCUGGACGUGUGCACGAACUCGCUGCAGUACGCGAUGAUUCUGGACAUUGUGAACAAUCUGCUGCUGUACGUGGAACCGCAGCGGAAGGAGGCCCUGGAGCAGCUGGCCCGGAUGCGGUUCCAGCUGCAGCUGUACAGUAGCGAGGAUCAGAAGCGGCCCAUCCAGCACCUGCAGACGGAGAUCCGGAGCCUGAUGUCGCGGAUCCGCUGCCUGGAGAAGGACAUUCACUUCAUCACGAAGGCCCGGCUCGAGGAGGGCGACUCGGAAGAGCUGCGGACCGAGUACGAGGCGGUGCACCACAUGAUCUUGCACUUCAAGGAGCUGCUGACGACGAAGAGCGACGAGCUGGAUAUGAUGCUGUCGUGCUACAACGAGGCCCAGCUGUCGGCCUCGAACCGGUUGGCGACCUUCCGGAAAGAUAAACCGGUGACGAUCGUGCGCGCGAACGAAAUCUGUUUCAAGCACGCUCAGUGGCGGCUAACGGAGGCCGACGGCCAGAUUGGUAUCGCCGAUCUGAUCCUCAGCAGUUUCCUAUACACGAAGAACUCCAAGAGUGACGACUCCGUGGACCACCUGCUGGAGCUGGGCUACAUACGGAUCAACAAUUUGAUCCCGCGGGACAACUACACCGAGGUGCUGUACCCGACCGAGAUCCAGCGGUACAUGCCGAUCGAUCACAAGCGCGUGUUGCGCGUCUUUUGCCGCGAGAAACCACCCGUCGGGGGCAUUUCCGUGAAGGAACACUUCGAGAUCAACGUGGUGCCGAUCACGAUCCAGAUCUCGAAGAAGUUCUACAACACGAUGCUAAAGUUCUGUUUUCCCGAUCGCGACGAGGUGGACGCGGUGGACGAGCUGGACGAUGGAACGGCCAGUACCAGUUCACCGAGUGGGGGCUCCUCGCUAGCGGUGCGAUCCGGCGGAGGUGGCGGCGGCAAGCGGCAGAGCGCCGGGUCUGGACCGGGUUCGUCGUCGAGUGCGUCGGUAAGCGGCUCGGCCGGCGGUUCGAAGGGGGCUGCGGGCGGUGGCAAGAAGAAGGACAGCAACUUUUACGUGCGCAUCCAGGACGACGUGGAGAAGAUGAAGGAACGGGCGGAAAAGAACAAGCUGUUUAUUUACAUCAAAAUACCGGAGGUGCCGGUGCGCGUUAGCUACAAGGGGAACAAGGAGAAGAACUUCGAGGACAUCACGGACCUGUCGCUGCUGAUACCGACGCUCGAGUAUCAUAACGUCACGUGGACGUGGCUCGAUCUGCUGCUGGCAAUGAAAUCGGACAGCCGGCGUGUGCUGCUGUCGCAGGCCAUCAAGCAGAAACUGAAACUAAAGAAAGCACUAGUCGAUGAACAACCCACCCCGCAGGAGGAGGACAAGGCCAAGAUGCUGUUCGGCAAUCGACAUGCGCCGGAAAACAAGAGCCUUCGGAAGGGAGUGUUUAAGUUCUCCAAAUCCUAAUGCAUCACACCGCGGCACCGCGGACGGCGGCGUCAUGGUUACCCAAAGAAGACCCCGUGCACCACCGCGCAUCGGUCGCAAGAAGUACACAGUGAAAAUUUACCAUUUAUCCCACCAUUUCUUCGGUGUGCGCUCUAAGUAGGCUAGGACAAAACGCUUUUUCGUAGCACCCCAAAAAAAACCCCGUAGCAAAACCAAAAUGGCGACCAUUCUAUUCGACCUGGGCUUUUGUGCAGCGUUGGCAGCGUUAAAUGGUGUAAGAGCUUAUCUUAGUAUUUAUAGAGGGACCGUGUUAUAGCUAGUAGACGGCGAGCAUUUUAAUUUAUGUCUUUUCCGGAUCCACGGAUUUGUGUGUAUUUUGAUGAAAAAAGUAUUAGCGUUUGCGUUAUUAGAUUGUGCUUUGUUACCGAUGCAUCCCGAGCAUCCCAGAGACCGCACCAUGGUGCGCUUUCGAUGAUGUUAAGUUUAAGUGUAUGACCCCCGCUUA